CAAAAUGUUUGCAUACAGUCCUAAAUAUAUACAUUAAUACAUGCACACUCAUAUAUAUUUAUAUAUACAAUCAAGAUGAGGAAGAGCUUGGAUAAGAUGACAUAGAUUAAGUGUAAUUAUGGAGAGAACGACUAGUGUUGUUAUUCAAGAAGGGGGUGCUGAAGAUACCAUCUUUGAUGAUGAUGGACGUCUCAAAAGAACUGGAACUGUGGUGACGGCAAGUGCACACAUAAUAACGGCACUAAUAGGAUCGGGUGUGCUGUCUUUAGCAUGGGCUGUAGCGCAGUUGGGAGCCAUCGCCGGACCGAUAGUUUUGAUCAUCUUCUCCAUCAUUACUUUGUGGCACAAAUUUCAUGUUUUGCGCGAUUGCCCAGUAUGCUACUCUAAUUGGCCUUAGCACCGGAUAUGCAAUCACUACAGCUCUUAGCUUAGGGGCAAUUGAAAGAACAACUUGCUAUCACAAGAAUGGGCGGAAUUGGCCGGAUUGCAGUCCAUCAACCCGGAAUUACAUAUUUUAUUUUGGAGUGCUACAGAUAAUCCUUAGUCAAAUACCAAAUAUUCGAAAGCUUUCGUUUAUCUCGGUCGUCGCUUCACUCAUGUCAUUUACUUACUCAAUCAUUGGGGUUGCUCUCGCUACUGCUACAAUCGCCAGUGGAUUGAAAGUGAGAAUAAGCCUCACAGGUGUGCCAAUUGGAACUCAUAACUCAGCUAUGGAUAAGAUGUGGAACACUUUCUCGGCCAUUGGAAACAUUGCCAUCUCCUUUGCCUUCUCCAUUGUUCUCAUUGAAAUACAGGCACAACAACACUAUAUUUUCCGUUACAUUGCAAGUUUGAAUGUGUUUCUUACAUUCUAAAGUGGGGAAAAAUGAAAACCCGGUUAAGUAUUUGCAUGAAUGCAAGAUACAUUAAAAGCAUCUCCAAGAGAGAAUAAGGUGAUGAAAGAGGCAACUUGUGUUGGUAUAAUAGUGUCCUCUGCCUUCUAUGCGCUCUGUGGGAUCCUCGGCUAUGUUGCGUUCGGAAAUGAUGUUCCGGGGAAUCUCUUAACUGACGAUCACGCUUUCUACGAGCCAUAUUGGCUUCUUGGUUUGGCUAAUGCAUGCAUUGCCGUCCACCUUGUUGGAGCCUAUCAGGUAUUUUCCCAACCGGUGUUUGAAUUUGUGGAGAGCUGGUGCAUGAGAAAGUGGGGAGGAACAAGCAGAUUCAUGAGAGCGGAAUACAACAUUGUUGGGAGGUUGGAGGUGAGCUUGUUUAGGAUAGUCUGGAGAACAACAUACGUCAUGACCACAAUGCUAGUGGCGCUAAUAUUCCCCUUCUUCAACGCCUUCGUCGGUCUGCUAGGAGCCAUCUCCUUCUGGCCGCUCACCAUCUAUUUCCCCAUCAAGAUGUAUAUUCUCCAAGCACACAUUCAGAAAUGGUCAUUGUCUUGGAUUUCGCUGCACACACUUAGCUUCGUUUGCUUCAUCGUCUCCUUCCUCGCCGCUGUCGGUUCCAUUCGUAACUUAAUCAAGUCCGUCUUGCAUUACAAACCAUUUGCCUAAGCGCCA